AUGUUCCUGAUCACACACCAUGUGGUUGAAGUGCAUGACUGGGAAAAUACCUUCCAACUUGUCAAGUUCAUCGCAGUGGUUCUUCUUGGGCUUGUUGUCCACGGGGUGAUGCUUCUUCCUCUGAUCUUCUUCCUGUGUACCAGACGUAGUCCCAUGACUAUGAUCAAGGGCAUCAGUCCUGCCUUACUGACAGCACUCCUCACUUCAUCCAGUUGUGUCUCACUGUCGCACACUUUCAAGUGCUGCGAGGAGCGGCUCGGGAUAGACAAAAGAAUCACUCGCCUGAUGCUGCCCAUUGGGACAAACAUCAACAUGAAUGGAACUGCACUCUAUGAAGUGGUCGCCACAGUUUCCAUCGCCCAACUCAACCAGAGCCAUCUCAAUUUGGGCCAGUUGAUCACUGUUUUGGUGACAUCAGCAGUGUCCAGCGUAGGAGCAGCAGGAAUCCCGGCGACAGGAGCAGCGACCACUUUCAUUGUCCUGUUGGCGGUUGGUUUGCCUGCCAAUGAGGUCACCACUCUGGUGGUCAUAGAAUGGAUCCUGUAA